UUUGUUGUCUAGACCUUUUGCUGAUUUGUUGUGUUAAUGGAAAAGUAAGACUCAGCUCUGCUAGUAGCUACGUAAGUUUAGCUUUUACCUCAUAAACAGACUGUAACGUUAUAAAACGCUUACUAGUAGCUAACUUGUUAACGUUAUCCAUCUAGCACUUGCUAACAAACAUAUUUUCACAUUAUUUAUAUCUGCGUCACUCUAUUAGCCUAACUUGCAUGUACGACGGAGUAUUAGGACCACACACGAAGGGGGUAUUUUUUUUUGUUGCCAUGAUUAGAGAUUAAACUCGACUGUAAUCUCGACAGCUCCAAAGUUAGAAGCUAGCUGUCACCGAAUCCGGACAGUCAGACUCUAAAUUAACCUUUGGAUGACGACUCAACAAAAUGCCUUGUGUAGUAACAUUAGGGUGAAAUUGUACUUGAGAAUUGGGUUUAACAACAACAAAGUUAGUGCUAUACUAACUAGUUUUGAAUGUCAAGAAUAAAAAAGACAAAAUGUUGAGAUUAAAUUUCGACUUCAAAGUGGACAUGUAGGCAAAAAUAUUUCUUUCAUAUUUGGCCCUAAAGUUAACGUCAAUGACAUGUACAGAGUAGGCUACCCUAACGCCAAGGUAAUGUGUGGAAUACCAUCUAUGAUUUAUCCUUGUUUUGGCCAUUCAAACAUGUAGAUUUUUAUUCACAUAAUUACUAGGUUGUUGCCUUUUCUAUCCAGUAGGUGGCAGUCCAGGAUAAGAAAUAGCAGUUCAAGAAAAUAAACAAAAUAGUAGGAACAAAGAAAUUAAAGCAGCAUAGCCUACAAGUGCAAAUGGAAAUGUAAUGUGUGAAGUUAUUGGAAUGGAAAUAAAUGUAACCACCUUCCACAUACUUUUGAAUACAUUUGGUUUCAAGUGUGCAACAAAUGUAGUCAGCAUUAUUAUCAUCAAGAGGUUUGAUAACUCGUAGACCGAACUCCGGAUUGUUUUGCAUUGAGGUGCUACUUCAAACUUGACGAACUCCUAUGGUAGGCAAAGGAAAUUCCUUACUGCAGAAAUAGUAGAUUGAUGCUACUGUCAACAGGUCUGGGCGUUCUUUUUAAAACGUAGGCCUAGGCUAAACGUUUCAUUCAAAGCAGUGCUUUCUCGUCUGCCUCCUUCAGUCACUGUAGCCAGACUACACUGGGGCAAACGUCACUAUGAAAUGUGAUUAAUUAGUGUUAAAUUUAACGAGUUAUUAUUUUGACAGCCCUAAUUUUUACAUUAUUUAUUCAGUGAAACAAUACAUUUCCUUGUAUGCUGACCAAUUGUUACUAACUAGCCUCUCUGACACCAUACUCAUAUACAAAAGGGAUAAUGUAAAGAAAGUCUCAGAUUUACUGUGAACACUUCAAAAUGGGGAAAAAAUCUGUGUUUUAUGCAUCUCAAUGUCACUAUACUUUGGAAGUGUCCAACUGGGCUCAUCUUGUCGGUACUGCAAUUCUACAUGCACUGGUGUUAUGAUGUGAUGAUGAUGAGUUCAGUUGUGCAAAAAGGUCAUUUUGACUGAUGUUGGAUGUUGUCUGUGUGUGCAGGAGCAAGUACGAGAUGAAAUCUUACAGAGAAUUCAUGCAAGAUUCAGCUUAAUUCUUAGAAAUGAAACAUUAGAUCUAGAUUACCUUUUGGAUGUGGCUCAGCAGGAGCUCUCCUUGGCAACAAUGGCAUUACGCCAAUUAAAUAUCCCACUAGAACUCAACAGCCUACAGCAGCUGAUUGACAUCCUUAGCUUGCCAGCUAGAUCUGCUCAACAAGCAUCAGUUAAUGUAUCAGAUGUUGUAACUUUGACUGUGGGAGAGCUGGGACGGCCUCGCUUAAGCAUAGCUGCAGAUGCUAUUGAAGGCCUCCUUUCAAAUGCACUACCUAUAGGUCUUCUAGCAAACUUGUAUGGUGUUUCAAGAAGAACAAUGUACAGGCGAAUGAAGGAAAAUGGUCUCUCUGUUCGUGGAUGUUAUUCCGACAUAUCUGACGAUGAACUUGAUUGUGUUGUGAGGUCCAUAAAAUCAAGAAUGCCCCAUGCUGGGUAUAGAUUGGUUAAGGGUGAGCUAUUAGCCAGAGGCUACCGUUUGCAGUGGCGUAGAGUUAGGAGUAGUGUAGAGCGUGUGGAUGGAGCUGGAGUUUUGGCCAGGAUGAUACAAGUUGGAUUUGUAGCGCGCAGAACCUAUAGUGUCCCUGCACCACUGUCUUUGGUUCAUGUAGACACUAACCAUAAAUUAAUCAGAUAUAAUAUUGUUAUAUUUGGUGGAAUUGAUGGCUUCUCAAGGAAGAUCUUCUAUCUUGAUGCUGCUGCAAACAACAAAGCCUCAACUGCUUUCUCUUGGCCGUCAAGAGUACGUGGUGACCAAGGAGUCGAAAAUGUCGACAUUGCCCGAUGCAUGUUCUCAGUGCGAGGAACUGGACGUGGGAGUUUCAUUGCAAAAGCGUCCACAAUCAAAGAAUAGAGAGACUCUGGCGUGAUGUGUGGUCAGCUGUCACUUGCAACUACUAUGAAGUGCUACAUUCAAUGGAAGAAGAGGGGCUGGUCGACCUAUCAGAUGAGAUGCACCUCUUUUGUGUACAUUGUGAUUCUCCCACGAUUGAGAUCUGAUCUGAAGUGCUUCUCGAGUGGCUGGGACAAGCAUCCUCUUAGAACAGAGGGAAACCUAUCUCCAGACCAGCUGUGGCACAUUGGGAUGCUACAAACACCUGUGGUUGAACCAGAUGUAGAGCCAACAGAACCUAUUCCUGACUGCACUGGUUACCUUGAAGAUGGAGUGGUGGUGACCGAGAUUCCCUGCCCCCUGUCAGAUACGAACUUUGCGGUUCUUGAGGAAACAAUUAAUCCCUUACAUUCCACACUGUGUCAUACGGAUUUGUACAUACAGACUUUUGAUCUUGUACAGAGAUUGAAUUGAAUUAAAUUAAAUCUGAAUAUAGUUUGGAGACUGAAGUCCCUAAAAAUGAGCCGUCUCCAGCUGCUAUGGAAGCUGUGAGAUACAUAAAUCCUCUUUUACCAUCCAAAUAAAAUUAAAGAGCAUA